AUGUUUAGGCGCUACUGGUGGUGAUUCUUUUUUGCAGGUGGCAACAGAUCUCAGAAAUCGGGCAAGAUGAAAGUGGUAGAUAAAACUGAAGAUGAAACUGCUUUACUCACCAAGAAUGAAAGUAAAGUAGUUGUAAAUGGUCAUGUGGGCGAUGAAAUUCCUAGUGGAAGUGUGAAUGGAGUGAGCAACUCGGAAACGAGUGAAAAAUCGAGUAACAGUAAGAAUGAGAUGAGCAAUGGCACAGGUGAGCCUGAAGAAAAUGUUGUGGAAAAGGGAGAGGUGGAAGCAACAAAAGAGAAAGAAAAGGAUGAUAAGAAAGAAGAGCAAGAAGUGGUAUUUAUACAGGACAUGGGUUUCAUGGUGAAAAUAGUAAGCCCUGGAGCAGAGCCCUUCGAUAUCCAAGUAUCCAGCAUGGAACUUGUUCAGGAAAUCCACCAGCUUCUUAUGGAUAGAGAAGACACUUGUCAUCGUACUUGCUUUUCUUUGCAGUUGGAUGGCAAUACCCUUGAUAACUUUGCAGAACUGAAAAACAUUGAAGGAUUGAAAGAAGGUUCUGUCAUUAAGGUUGUUGAAGAACCAUAUACAAUGCGUGAGGCUAGGAUCCAUGUGAGGCAUGUACGAGAUCUUUUAAAGUCUUUGGAUCCUGCUGAUGCUUAUAAUGGGGUAGACUGCAGUUCUUUAUCCUUCUUGAAUGUUGUAACUCAAGGAGAUAUACUAGAAAAGAAAAAAAUGAGACCAGAAUCUGUUGACUGCACUCCUCCUGAUUAUAUUAUGCCAAACAGCAGAGACAGACCUUUGCUUCCCUUACAACCACAAGCAAAAGAACAGAAAGGCCCACAAUGCCUGAAAGUUUUAACUACCUCUGGUUGGAAUCCUCCUCCAGGAUAUAGGAAAAUGCAUGGGGAUCUCAUGUACUUGUAUGUUGUGACAUUAGAAGAGAAACAUUAUCACAUUACAGCAUGUUCCCGAGGAUUUUUUGUUAAUCAAUCUUCUGAAGAAGAUUUCAAUCCCAAACCAUCAACUCCUAGCCACUUGUGCCACUCUUUAAUAGAAUUACUUAAUCAAAUUAGUCCUGCAUUCAAACGAAACUUUUCAGUUUUGCAAAAGAAACGUACACAGAGGCAUCCAUUUGAAAGAGUUGCCACACCCUAUCAAGUGUACGCAUGGAGUACUCCUCAAUUGGAACAUACCAUAGAUGCCAUUCGAGCUGAAGAUAGUAAGACAUUUUCCUCAAAACUUGGAUAUGAAGAGCAUAUUCCUGGACAGACACGUGAUUGGAAUGAGGAAUUACAAACCACCCGGGAACUGCCACGAAAGAACUUGCCUGAGCGUUUAUUGAGAGAGAGAGCUAUAUUUAAAGUGCAUAGUGAUUUUGUAGCUGCUGCCACUAGAGGCGCUAUGGCAGUUAUUGAUGGAAAUGUUAUGGCUAUCAAUCCUGGGGAGGAGGCAAAAAUGCAGAUGUUUAUUUGGAACAACAUAUUUUUUUCAUUGGGCUUUGAUGUAAGAGAUCAUUAUAAGGAACUUGGUGGUGAUGCUGCUGCAUUUGUUGCACCGCGCAAUGACUUGCAAGGAGUUCGUGUGUAUAGUGCUGUUGAUCUUCAAGGAUUGUAUACACUUGGAACUGUAGUGAUUGACUAUCGGGGUUAUAGAGUAACAGCUCAGUCUAUCAUUCCUGGAAUACUGGAAAGGGAACAGGAACAGUCUGUUGUAUACGGUUCUAUUGAUUUUGGAAAAACUGUGAUCUCUCAUCCUAAAUAUUUGGAAAUGCUCAACAAAGCUGGUCAACAGCUUAAAAUUCUUCCUCAUAAAGUAAUGAACGAUAAAGGAGAAGAAGUAGAGUUAUGCUCUUCAGUUGAAUGCAAAGGAAUUAUUGGCAAUGAUGGCAGACAUUAUAUACUGGAUCUUUUACGCACAUUUCCCCCAGAUGUGAACUUUCUAAAAUUGGAAGGGGAAGAGCUGAGUAAGGAAGUAAGAGCCUUAGGAUUUCCAAUUGAACAUAAACAUAAACUCUGCUGCCUUCGUCAAGAAUUAAUUGACUCCUUUGUUGAAUCAAAAUACAUGAUGUUCAUAAAGUAUGCAGCAUUUCAUCUGCAGCAAUUGGGCGUUAAGAAGCAGCGUGAAAGAGAAGCUCUACGAAGUAGCCAAGAAAGAGAAACAACACCUGUUGAGAAAGAUGUUAAGGACAAGGAAAGGGAUCAUAUAUCUAAAAAGGAAUCUUCUAUUGAGAAUGAGAACAAAGUGUCAUCUCCCAGUGAAACUGGUGCAGAAAAUCAGAUGGAAGCUGAUGAAGCAAAGAAGAUAGUUGAAAGCAUUACUGACUCCAUUACUAGUGGAGAAAAACAGGAAUUGGAAGAAAGUACAAAAGAAAUUGUCAAGAAAGCUGCUUUAGCUGUGGGAUCCUUGAAGGACACUGAAUUUGAUGUUAGAUUCAAUCCAGAUGUAUAUUCACCUGGAGUUCAGCAUGUUGAUCCUACAGGUGAUCAGUUGAGAAAAGAAAGACAAUUGGUGAAAGAUGCUUCUGCUUUCUUGUUGACUGUGCAGAUACCAACUUUUAUUCGAGACUGCUUAGACCAUUCUGCUGCACCACUUGAUGGUUUUGCUCUAUCAGAAGCAAUGCACAAUAGAGGAAUUAAUAUCAGAUAUUUGGGGAAAAUUGUGCACAUGUUGAGCACCGUGAAACAGCUAGAAUAUCUUCAUAGUAUAGCUAUAGCUGAAUUGAUUACCAGAUCUGCCAAACACGUAUUUACUUCAUACAUGCAGACCACGGAGCUGAUGAGUUUAUCUGUUGCAGUCAGUCACUUUUUGAAUUGCUUUCUGUCAGCAUGUCAGGUUCCACAUCCUCAGCAAGUGGCAGAUGAAUUGCUCAGUAAAACAUCAAAACGCCGUAAUAAGCGAAAUAAGGGACGGGUUAAUCCCCUACUCAAUUCGGACAGCACAGAAUGGGCAAAUCUCACACCAAAAUCCCUUUGGAGCCAGUUGAAGGCAGACAUUAGAAAUUACUUUGAUUGGGAGCUUGCUGCUGAUUCGAUUGAAAGUGCAGUGGAAAAUUUUGGUCUUCAAAAGAUUUCACUUUUGAGGUCAUUCUGUAUAAAAACAGGUGUGCAGAUCUUACUUCGAGAAUAUACUUUUGACAAUAAGAAUCGACUGACUUUUUUUGAAGAAGACAUCAUUAAUAUUUUCCCAGUAGUGAAACAUAUCAAUCCAAGAGCCACAGAUGCCUACAAUUUCUACACUACUGGACAGACGAAAAUUCAACAAGGUUAUCUGAAGGAUGGAUAUGAACUGAUUAGUGAGGCCUUAAAUUUGUUGAAUAAUGUUUAUGGUGCUAUGCAUCCUGAGAUAGCUCAGUGUUUGCGAAUGUUAGCUCGCCUUAACUAUAUUAUGGGUGAACAUAGUGAGGCAAUGGUUUAUCAGCAAAAAGCUGUAUUAAUGUCAGAAAGAGUAAAUGGAAUAGAUCAUCCUUACACUAUCACAGAAUACACACACUUGGCUCUAUAUUGCUUUGCUAACAGUCAAGUCAGUACAGCUUUAAAACUUUUAUAUAGAGCACGAUAUUUGGCAUUGAUGGUUUGUGGUGAAAAUCAUCCAGAAAUAGCUCUUCUGGAUAGUAAUAUAAGCCUUAUCCUCCAUGCUGUUGGAGAAUAUGAACUGUCUCUUAGAUUUCUUGAAAAAGCUUUAGCUCUAAAUAUUCGGUAUUAUGGCCCAAAGUCAUUGAAAGUAGCUGUCAGUUACCAUCUGGUUGCUCGAACACAAAGCUGCAUGGGUGAUUUUCGUUCAGCUCUUAAUAAUGAGAAAGAGACCUAUGCUAUUUAUAAGCAACAACUUGGAGAAGCACAUGAGAAAACCAGGGAAUCUUCUGAAUGUCUUCGUCAUUUGACUUCUCAAGCUGUAGUUUUACAGAAGAAAAUGAAUGAAAUUUAUACAGGCAAACCUGGUGCUUCACUCCCUCCAAUUCAGAUUCAACCCCCUUCUAUGGGUAGUGUCUUGGAUAUGCUUAAUGUCAUUAAUGGUAUUCUUUUUGUACAAAUCAGUCCCCAAGACAUUGAAAACUUCAAGGCUGAAAUAGAAAAACGACAAUUGAAAGAAACGUCUCCAUUGCCUGUGGAAGAUAAGACUGAUGGUGCUCUAGAAGUUGAAGGAGACAAGAAAUCUGUCAAAUCAAGUUGAGCUGAUAGGUGAAUUUUGUGUGAGUGUUAUUGUGUGUAGAAAACUGCAGUGCAUGAUAAAAAGUAGGGGUCCAACCGGUCACUCAGUAACUGGAAAUGUGAAAACGCAGGGUCAACGAGUACCCAGUGAACUUGCACAGGUACAUACUUUUAUAUUCAGUAAGACUGAAAAACCCAGUUUGGCUGCUGUGUUAAAGAAAAUCACUACAGAUUGUAUGUUUUUCUAUAAGAGUCAUUUUCAGAGUUGUCCAAAUUCAGCUAUUGUAUCUUACGUUGAAAAUUUGAAAAUCUCUAAGUUUUAUUUUCGUACAGAUUUUCAAUUCAAGUUUGAAAACUACUGUGUAGCACCCAUCAACUUGUAUAUCCUGCCCACAAGUCUUGAAUCAUUACAAUUUUAUUGACUGUGAAAUGUUUGAUAAAAAAUAUAAUUGUUGAAAUAAUGUUGUUGUGGAUGGUGAUAAUUUGCAGAAAAGAGGAUUGUACAGAUUACUAUGCAACAGUGUUGAAAAAAAUGGUUCAGAAAUAGUGACAAAUGCAGGAACAUUGUUAAAAUUAUUAAUACAUUUUCUGUCAUUAGGACUUCAUGAUACAAAGGCAAUGCAAUACGUUGCUUGUUAUGCAACUAGUGAUACUCUAGGAAAGAUUGCAUUAGUUCUUGACUUACUUUCAUUUGACAGAAUUUGUUGCCAACUGUGUAAUCCUAUUAGAAUAUGUUUAACACAUUUUGCAAUUCCAAAGAUGAAUUUAAGUACUUAAGUAUGAUUGGAAUUGAGUAGAACUUGGUGAGGCCUAAUGCAUGAAUAAUAUUGAGAAGUGUUACACUUCAUUUUUUACUUUCUUAAAACUUAAGUAUUUUUAUUAUAUUACUGUUUUGUAAUUACACUAGCAAAGUGCUCAGUGAUAUAAUUUCCUUUAUAUAAAUGUGUUUAGGCAACGUGUGUUGUCUACAUUAGAACAGUGCCAUUUCACGUGAAUUAAUGGCUUUAUUCAAGAAUAAUGUGUAUUAAGAGUAACUGAUACUCUCAUUGUUAAGUUGUGAAUGUUCAUCAGUUGUUUCAAACUGUGUGUUGUUGAUAAUGUCAUUGUGUAACAUUAUGAAUUUGUUUUCUCAGUUAUGUUCAUGUGAAUAAGGAAGUGAAUGAUUAUUGUACAGACAUUUCAAUCGUUUUGUAUGGAUGCUCAGGUUAAUGAGAGAAAAAUGCAUAUUUACUUGCAGGUUUUAAAUCGUGCACUAGGAAGUGAGUUUAAACUGCUGAACAAUUUAUAUCACUUGCUUCCAUGCUCCAUUGCAAGGGUUGUCUUUCAAUUUUCUGGUACAUUAAUUACAAUUAGAAUAAUUUCUCGAAAUAUAAUCUAUGUAAAAUAUUUCCUUGGUUAUGUAUAUAAAUAUUUCGGGUGGUUCUUCACCGCUUGGUCAGUGAUAAAUUUUUUGCAUUAUGUUGUUAUCUUUGUUGUCUUUGUGGUAACUUGUUUGAAAUUGGUAUUGGAAAAACUGCUGUGUGAAUUUUAGCAGUUUUCACAUACCAAAGAGCUUAUUUUUAUUGCAUGUAUGCAUAACAGUAGCUAUUGUUCUUCCUAAAUGAAUUACACAAAGUUUAUACAGUAGUUAGAACGUACUGAGUAGAUACCUGAUUUAACUUUUUAUAGAUUGUAGGUGUUCUGAUUAUGAGAAAGUCUAGUUUUAUAGUUCUUUUAAUAUUUGCGUAUUGUUUGGAUUUGAAGUUUUUGAUAAACAGUAUAGUAUUUUUGUAAAUGCUGUGGUGUAUUUUGUUGAGUAGGAUAUAUUGUACAUUUAGUCAACAUUCCACUACAACCAGUACAUUUCUCUCAUCAGGAUUUUAGUAUGAAAUAAGAACAUCAUGCAUCAAAAAUACUGUUCCAGCAGCAUUCUCUGGUUUUUGUUGUUUAUAGCCAACAUUGUGGUCAUAGAUUUGACUCAAAUUGAUACUAGCUUGGUUUUAUUUAAAAAUAUAAACAAUUUUUUUCAUAGUUUUGGAUUCAUGAAAGAGAAUCGCUGAUAAUAGAGCAUAUGUAUGUUAGAGCAAUGAGUGAAAAAGUGUUAAAAUUUAAAGAUGCAUCUAUGAAUAAAAUUUUUAUUGUGCAUGUGUUCUGUACGCCAUUUUCAGUUGGUGCUUUUAAAUUAUCUACAUAAUUAAUAAAUAUAAAUGUGUUCAAUGGAGUGUGCAGAAGACAAAAGGAAAUCUGAUGUGAUAUUUGCACCGAGUACAUGGAAGAGCUUUGUACAAUGAAGCCAAAAAAACCUCAUGCUUCCGCUUAGGAUGUUGAUGUGGAUAAUAUUUCAGUCUUCAAUUUGAGUCAAGUGUUCAUACUGAGCAGUUACUUGUUACAAUAUACAGAUCUUGUCAAGAUUAUUUGCAUUUGUUAAUAAUGAAGCCUACAAAACUUCGUUAUAUUGUUUCUGUUGGAAGUUGAAAUCACAAUAUUGUCUUACUAGUCAUUUACCGUAUAUUUGUGACGGGGAGUCGCAAAAGAAGGUGCAGUUUGUUGAAUCUGUGAGGAUCUUAUUGUUCUGUUAUAUUUUCGAGAUUUAUAAUGUAUUGUUGAAGAACAGACCGGCAACUUGAUAUAAAAUUUUUUCACUUAUUGAACACAUGACAAUGAGUGUUACUUUGUUUCUUUGUUGUUAGUGAAUACAUUGGUGUUCUUAUAAUUAAGAUGUUAAAAUAACUGCAUCUUCUUUCUUGUAAUUUGCAUAUACCAUGUGAAAAAUAUGUUUCAUAUGGCUGUAAUACUAUCACCAAUCCUUGUUUAACACAAAAACACGUAGUUUUGAAUGCUUUAUACUGUCUAAAGGUAACAUGUAAAACAGUGAGGUAUGAAAUGUAAUAACUAGGUGCCUUCCUGUAUAAUUUUUCAGUCAUUGUUAUUCAAAAAGAAAAAAAUGAAAACAUUUUGUUAUAUAUGCAUUGUUUUGUUUCUCUUCUAUGCUGUAAACACUAGUGUUUGCUGAACUUUCGAAAAGCUUAAAAAUCAAAAUUGUAGUUAUUACUAAUUACAAAUAAAUUUUGUUAGGGAGUCUUGUUUUUCUACUAUUCUGGUUUGAUGAGCAAAAUUUGUUUUGGGGUAGGAGACUUAAUUGCUAGCAAUUGGAAAGUGCAUAGUUUGAGGCUGUUGUGCGCAUUCAGUACUAGAAAACAAUAAAGUAUGAUGUACAUUUAUUAAAGUAUUAUUGUCUUAAAAUUGUACAACAUGAUCCUUAUCCCUAGCUUUCAUUCCUCCUGAUUAUCAAAAAUC